UUUUUAUUCUUUCUGCCAGGUACCUCAGAUCCAUCAGGUUCGAGCUGUGUUGACUACCACUACUUUUCCCUUCGUCUCAAUUAUGUCUUGGAAGAAGGCUUUGCGGAUCCCCGGCGGCCUUCGGGCAGCAACUGUGACCUUAAUGCUGGCGAUGCUGAGCACCCCAGUGGCUGAGGGCAGAGACUCUCCGGAGGAUUUCGUGUUCCAGUUUAAGGGCCUAUGCUACUUCACCAACGGGACGGAGCGCGUGCGGAGUGUGACCAGACACAUCUAUAAUCGAGAGGAGUACGUGCGCUUCGACAGCGACGUGGGGGAGUACCGGGCGGUGACGCCGCUGGGGCGGCCUGACGCCGAGUACUGGAACAGCCAGAAGGACAUCCUGGAGAGGACCCGGGCGGAGUUGGACACGGUGUGCAUACACAACUACCAGUCGGAGCUCCGCACGACCUUGCAGCGGCGAGUGGAGCCCACAGUGACCAUCUCCCCAUCCAGGACAGAGGCCCUCAACCACCACAACCUGCUGGUCUGCUCGGUGACAGAUUUCUAUCCAGGCCAGAUCAAAGUCCGGUGGUUUCGGAAUGACCAGGAGGAGACAGCCGGCAUUGUGUCCACCCCCCUUAUUAGGAACGGCGACUGGACCUUCCAGAUCCUGGUGAUGCUGGAAAUGACUCCCCAGCGUGGAGAUGUCUACACUUGCCACGUGGAGCACCCCAGCCUCCAGAGCCCCAUCACUGUGGAGUGGCGGGCUCAGUCUGAAUCUGCCCAGAGCAAGAUGCUGAGUGGUGUUGGAGGCUUUGUGCUGGGAUUGAUCUUCCUCGGGCUGGGCCUUAUCAUCCAUCACAGGAGUCAGAAAGGUGAGGAACCCCAGGGGAAAAGGGGAAGAUGGGCUGUGACCCAGACCCUCUGUUCAGAGAGGACCUGUCUCUAGAUGUAGCUCUUUCCUCGUGACCCUGAGAGGAAGAAGGCUGAGCUGGAGGUGGGAGGAGACAGGACAAGAUUGGAGGAGGCAUUGGAAUCUGAUUUUACUGGUUGAAAAGUAGCCCUAUCACAGAGCUGACUGAUAGAGUUUAUUCCAAGACGUCCUUACCGUUCAUCAUUGUCUCACUGGCUCCUUCCUAAAAAGCUUCCUCCCUGAAGAGGGUCAGAGCCUCGGCCUCCUUGCCUUCUAGUGACAAUUUCCUUUGUUUUAGGGGAUUUUCAAUUAGGGUGCUUAAGGCCUUGAAGAACAUGGGUGGGA